AUGUGUGAUCGCAUUGGUUUGCACAAUGUGAAGAGCAAGAAGAUUCAUCAAAAACAUAAUAUGCCUCAUGAUUUGAAAGAGUUAGGUGGAAGGAAAUCAAUCAUGCCUCCUUUAUCACCUACUCCUUGUGCUGAGAUCAGCGAUGAUGAGCUGGUCUCUAUAUCUGUGAGGGAUCUUAACCGGCAGCUGAAAAUGAGGGGCCUCACAAGAGAUCAAAUCGUCAGAAUGAAACAGCGCCGUCGAACCCUCAAGAAUCGAGGGUACGCAGCCUCGUGCCGCAUCAAACGAAUCGAACAGAAAGAUGAACUGGAAACUGAAAAGAGUCAGGAAUGGCACGACAUGGAAUUGAUGCAAGACGAAAACAACCGCCUCCGUGAAGAGAUUGACGCCCUGCGGGGCAAGUACGACGCUCUUAAACGAUUCGCGAUCAUGAAAAGCAUCCCAUUACCACAUGAGCUUGAGAUUUUACCUUGA